CGGCUCUGCUCGAAUCUGAAACCUUCUGGGCUUAUUUAUCUUCUCAAGCAAAGCCGCCGUUGACGACCUUGCGGUGUCUUAGAAGGCCACCGAGAAACUUCAUCCUCUGUUUCGCGCAUUCCGAUCCGCCCCUCCCUUCCUACAUUACUCGCGUUUUGCAGUCUCGGUAGCUCCGUCCGCUUCGUGAAGAUGCUAACGUGCAUCGCCUGCUCGAAGCAGCUCGGCGGGGGGGGAGGCGGUGGAUCGCCGUUCCGUGAACCCGAUGAGGAUGAAGCUGCCGGUGCCGGCACUCCCGGCACCCGCCAGGCCAUCAAAGCCCUCACGUCCCAGAUUAAGGACAUGGCGUUGAAGGCGUCGGGGGCGUACCGGCACUGCAAGCCGUGCGCCGGGGCGGCCGCGGGGGAACGCCGCCAUCACCUUCAUCACCACGGGAGCUACGCGGACUCGGAGGCAGCGUCGGGGUCGGAUCGGUUCCACUACGCGUACCGGCGGGCCGGAGGGAGUGCGGCGUCCACGCCGCGAGCGACGGCGGCGGCGAUGGGUCGGGAGCUGGAGGCGCGGCUCAAGGCGCUUUCCAGUGGCGAGAGGACGCCGUCGGUGAGCGGUCGGACGGAGGCCUCGUCGGCUUUCCUGGAGGACGGCGAGGAGGAGGAGCCCAAGGAAUGGGUGGCCCAGGUGGAGCCUGGGGUUCUGAUCACCUUCUUCUCACUCCCCCAGGGUGGCAACGACCUCAAGAGGAUCCGGUUCAGCCGGCAGAUGUUCAACAAGUGGCAAGCCCAGAGGUGGUGGGCUGAAAACUAUGACAAGGUCAUGGAACUCUACAAUGUCCAGAGAUUAAAUCGGCAGGCCAUGCCUCUUCCCAAGUCUGAGGAUGAGAGCUCAAAGGAUGACAGCCCAGUGACACCACCACUGACCAAAGAGCGUCUCCCUGGCAAUGUUCUCAGGCCACUGAUGGGUGGUGGUGGUGGGAUGGGGUAUUCCUCAUCAGAUUCUCUCGAGCAACAUCCAAGCUACAGAGGCCAUGGCCUUCACCACCCACACCACGCACGCCAUUAUUAUGACUCUGGAGGCCUCACUUCAACUCCAAAGUUAUCUAGUAUCAGUGGGGCAAAAACAGAAACGUCAUCGAUGGAUGCUUCAUUGAGGACAAGCUCAUCACCUGAGGAGGUGGACCAAUCUGGAGAGCUUUCCGCGUCAAUUAGCAAUGCUAGUGAUCUAGAGAGGGAAUGGGUGGAAGAAGAUGAACCUGGUGUCUACAUCACGAUUCGUGAAUUACCCGGAGGUAUCAGGGAACUCCGCCGUGUGCGAUUCAGCCGGGAGAGGUUUGGAGAGAUGCGUGCAAGGUUGUGGUGGGAGGAGAACCGUGCCAGGAUACAAGAGCAGUAUCUUUGAUGCGGAAGCAAGCAAACAUGCAUCAUUGCACUAGCUGUUUCUAUGGGACGAUCGAUGCUACCUGCGUGUUUGUGUCUUCUUCAUGCACUUUGCUCCAAAGCAAGACCCCCUUUCUUUGUCUCAGCACGAACUAACAACGGGUUGCUUUCCUCCAGUUUCCAGAAAGCCUGUGGUGCACUAACAUAUCACUGCUUACAGAACCCAUCAGCUUCACGCCACUGUUGCUUUAGUUCCUUUCGGUCUCACCCUUUGUAAGAACGUGCUACAUUGCAGUCGUGUGACUAAUGACAUAUGAGUGAGGGAUAUAAGCGAGUGUACACUUUGGACUAAUUUGUCAAGAAGCAGAUGUCGAUAUUGAUGGUCGAUGUCUUUGUAGAAGACCCA